AUGACUCCUCGACUUCAAAUACAGCCUGAUUGGCAAGCAACAGUCUCCGAUAAGCAGAUCGGAAGCAAAUUAUGGCUCAAUAUUUUAUAUCCUGCUUCAUCAGGCAAGGAAAACACCUUUGGAUUUUUGAAAUAUGAUGCUACAAAACAGUUGGUGAAGGAUUGCUUACCAGAAUCUUUGGAGAUUGUUAAUGUCGGAAUUAAAUCACUUUCUCUAAAAUUUGAAGGACAGUCUUUCAAAUUUGUUGCACCAAGUACUGUUUACUCAUCACUAUCUAAUAACAAAGCAAUUUAUUCAUUCGACAUUUCACCUCUUGGGCAAUUAGGAGUGAUCGGAUGUGCUGAUGGAAGAGCAAGAAUUUGGGAUAUUGGAACUGGAUCAGUAAGAAGAGAACUGACAGGUCACCUGUCUGAUGUGACUUGUUCUCGUUUUCUUCCAAGUGGAAAAGUUGUAAUGACUGGAGGGUCUGAUUUCAUGCUUAAAAUUUGGGAUUUAUCCAAUGGAGAAUGUGCUGCAACACUCAAAGGACAUAAGGGAGCUAUUACCAGUAUUGAUUUCAUUAACAGAGGAAGAAAUUUCAUAUCUUCAUCAAGAGAUAGCUCAUGUAAAUUAUGGGAUUGUGCAUCACAAUCAGAAAUCACCACUCUGUACAAAGGAUCAUCAUCCAUAACAGGGUGUGCAGUUGCUUCCAAUACAUCAUUAUCACCAUCAAAUUCGCCAGCUCUGGAUGAAAAGGAUUUUGACACGGAUGGUAAGAUUGGUGCUUUGGUAUCGUCAUCCGGAUUAUUAAGAAUUUUUGAUAUUAGAACAAGACAGCCAAUUUUUUCUCAAACCAUGCCUUAUGGAUUGAAUUGUUGUACGUUUGUUGAGGAUGGAAAUGUUGUGAUAGCUGGUUCAGAUGAUGGACAUAUUUUGGAUUUAGAUUUACGCAAAACAAAUCAGCAGCCACAAGCCAAACAUCCUGUGAGAUCACCUAUAUUAUCACUUUCAAAUUGUGGAAAAUGGUUUUCAACAGUUGACGGUGGAUGUUUUUUGAAUUCAAUAGAAGGAAAUAGUAUUGAGUUGACUGGUCCUGACAAUGACGCUGUACUAAAGGUAAUCAGUUCCUCUGAAGGAAAAAAGAUUUUCACGGUUAGUAAGGACAAAACAGUCCGACAAUACUCUGUGCUUAAUUAA